UGCUUGCUCAUGCUUUAGGAGUUUUUUUCUCCCAGCAGUAAAAUAAUGACUACAUAUUUAUAUAGUACAUCUACCUCCUACACAAUAUGAGGCCUUCUACUUCUUAUCCAACAUGGAUGUUUUGGAAGAGGCGUCGUUAUCUUGUCACCUUUCUUGUGUUCAUUGGAUUUGUCAACGUGUACAGUCUCCGCGUAAACCUGAGUGUGGCUAUAGUAGCGAUGACGUCAGCUUACAAUGUCACCCUUGCAAAUGGUACAGUCAUUCAAAGGCAAGACUUUGCAUCAGACUCCAAAUCAGAGGGAAUCCUACUGAGCUCCUUCUUCUACGGAUACAUCCUCACCCAGCUACUAGGAGGGUGGUUAGCCUCUAGGUAUGGAGGAGCCAGAGUGUUUGGAAUCGGAAUUUUAGUAACUGCACUACUGACUCUCAUAUCUCCACCACUGGCCAAGACCAACGUCAUCAUACUGCUGGUGGUCAGAGCCAUGGAGGGCAUCUUUGAGGGAGUGACGUUUCCUUGUAUCCAUGAAGUAUGGGCUCAUUGGGCUCCAAUAGAAGAACGUUCAACUUUAGCGUCCAUCGGUUUCUCCGGGAGUUUCCUCGGAUCAGUAGUGACGAUGCCUGCUGCUGGGGUUAUAGCUGACACUCUCGGCUGGGAAGCAGUGUUCUAUAUCUCAGGAGUUCUUGCUUUAGUGUGGUGCGCCUUCUGGUUCAUCAUAGUCAACGAAUCUCCACGGACUGAUCCUAAAAUCUCACACGAGGAGCUCACUUACAUUGAAAACUCCAUUGGCAACCACUCAAACAAGGAUGAGAAUGGGAAGAUUCACCAUCCAUGGGGGAAGAUUCUCACCUCCAUGCCAGUUUGGGCCAUUGUAGUUGCACACACGUGUGAAAACUGGGGCUACUAUACACUCAUCACUCAGCUUCCUACUUUUAUGAGAGAAACAUUGAACUUCGAGAUUGAAAAAGCAGGAUUCAUAUCCUCCUUGCCAUACCUCGCUGUAGCUUCAAUCCUGCAAUUCUCAGGAAGGCUGUCAGACUUUAUUCAAAACUCCAAGAUCUUGUCUGUAACAAAGAUUCGAAAGAUUUUCUGCUGUUCAGCAUUUCUUUGCCAGACGGUGUCCAUGUUUUUGGCAGGACAUAUGAAGACUCCUACUUCCAUUACUGUCUGUCUUGUACUCGGUAUUGGAUUUGGGGCUUUUGCUUGGGCUGCCUUUGGUGUCAACCAUCUAGACGUUGCGCCCCAACAUGCAGGUUUGUCUAUGGGGUUGUCCAACACAUUUGCAACUCUGCCUGGUAUACUGAGCCCUCUUCUCACUGGCUACCUGGUCACCAACAGGACAGAACAGGAGUGGAAGUUAGUGUUCUACGUAGCCAGCGCCAUCUACCUCUUUGGUGCUCUGUUCUACGCUAUCUUUGCUUCUGGAGAACGUCAGUCUUGGGCCAUUGACAAGGAUCCAAAAAUUUCCACUGUUACUUAUAAAAAUAGAGGUUAUGAUGAUAAACCAAAUGAGACAAGAUAAUUAAUCCACCAAUCGUAAAAAAGUGUAUUUGUAAAUGUGUACAUAGGUCUGUGUGAAGUCUGUGAAUGUUACUACUUAAUUGUAUACUAUAGGGAGAAGAAAAUAUUUGGUUUAAUAAAACUGCAAAGAGUAAUAACUACAAAUAUUUUUAACCUUAAACAAGAUUUUCCUCAAUUUAACCUUUCUGUCAA